AGCGUCUCUGCCACGUCAUACAGAAGAGCUGAUGCCAAGCGGAAACAGCGGCCGAAAACACCCACACUGUUCAACUUAAUGAUGUAGCCCAACCUCACACAGAACUAGUCCAACUUCCCAGUCGUCGUUCUACAGCAAACGAGCGGGGGAAUUUAACCGGACCUUCUCUUCUUGUGUGUGUGUGUUUUUAUACCGAGUGUGUGGAAUGCUGCUGGACGAGACUCCGCUGUUUGAGCCCUCCCUGCUUCAGGAGCUGGACUGGAGCAGCAACACUGUCUCCUUUUCACCCCCCAUCUCCGUGUCCAACCCAGGAGAAGGCCUGGUGCUCAGGCCGCUCUGUAUGGCAGACUUUAACAGGGGAUUCUUCAAGGUUUUAUCUCAACUUACUCUGACAGGCGAUGUCACACCAGAGCAGUUCUCCAAAAAGUUUGAGCAUAUGAAGAAGACGGGAGACUACUAUGUUGUCGUGGUGGAGGACACAACCCUGGGACAGAUUGUUGCCACAGCCACAUUGAUUACAGAACACAAAUUCAUCCACUCGUGUGCAAAGAGAGGCCGGGUGGAGGAGGUAGUAGUCAGUGACGUGUGCAGAGGGAAGCAGCUGGGCAAACUGUUAGUUUCGGCUCUCACUCUUCUCAGCAAAAAACUGAAUUGCUAUAAAAUCACACUGGAAUGUGCACCUAAAAAUGUGGCUUUCUACCAAAAGUUCGGCUACAGCGCCUCAGAUGAGACGUACAUGCAGUGUCGGUUUUCUGACUGAGGACAGCAGCUUUGAACCUCCCUCUGGGGGCAUGGACCACGCCUUUAUUCACCCACUGACAUCAAAACUUUACACUGACAACGUGUCUUAACAACUGUGUUCACAGUUGUGGCACAGAGGAGUCAUUCUUGAAUGCUCAUGCUAACACAGGGGUAAACAUAAACGUAUGUUGAAGCCCUCUGCUUUAGUCCAACAUCAUCCUCCGUCCCUUUGGUAACCAUGGCUACCUCACCAGGGUGGAGCCCUGUCAUCGUCUUCCCCCACCAUCUGAAGAAUGUCAGUUACUGUAAAUGUAAUGUCUUAUUGUGUUACAUCCUUAAUUAUACAUCCUGAAGUAAUCUGCAGUGUAUCUACAGAGAAAACGCAAUUGUAUCAUCAGCAGUUAGCGCAGAUAGUGGUUUGGGAAAUCAAGAUGGUACAAAAGUUAUGUAUCAGAUAAUAAUUAAAUUAUGUUUGACAGGCAGCAAUUUCAUAUAUUCACUACAAAACCAAGUAUGGUUCAGGUACAUGCUUUAUAUCAUGAUUCAACUUUAGUCUCACAGAUCUGUGUUGCAUUGAUCAUCGAGUCACCAAAGAAAAUCAACUUGGUUUCUUUAAACGUGAUCAUAAACUUAAUGUCUCUUUAGGUUUUAAUUGGGUUUAACUUUUCUUAUCUGUCCUUUUUGGUACAAAGUGCUCUCUAUCCUGGCAUGCUUUUUCUUUGACAGUGGUGUUGAUGGAAACUACAGGAUAAUGAAGGUUCAAAGAUGUGCAUUACUAUCAUGUCAAGACUGUUAAAUUGCAGAACAUUUCUAGUGAACAAAAAGUUUUGUAUUUGGUCGAUAUUUGAAAUCUGAUCACAGCUGUGAGAAUGAUUGAAACAUUUUGUGAUGGGAAAUGGAUAAGAAUGACUUUUUGAAAGUGACCUCUUAUUUAAGAUUUAUAAUUAUGCUGUUAAUCUGGAGAACAGGGGAACAUAUUUAAUGUAAUUUAUUUCCAAACAUGUAAUAGUCACAUAAACUAUUCUAUGACCUGC